UGUCUUUAAUCAUGUCCGUACUCCGCUAGCACCACCACCACAAGUCUUAUUGAUCAAUUUUCUUUGCUUAUAGGCUAUUAUAAUCUUAUAUCUAUAAUACUACUUUUAUUGUUAUGAUUUAUGAUGAUAUUUUAGUAUUUUACAUAACUCACUUUAAAGUUUACAAUCUAAUUGUAUGUCUAUUAUUAUUAAUCUAAAAAUAUUAGACAGUAAUUUGUAACAGAUAGUAUUCAUUAUUUUAUAUUUUUAUUAAUCGUUAUUUGUUUUGCGUUUUCGUACCGUCUCAGUUCUGGUGUUAUGUGAAUUAUUAUAUCAUGGUGAAACCUUAAAAUUUCAAUGUUAUAAUCCUUAUUUUUCUACGAUUAUUGAAUCUACCAAUAACCAGAUCACAUUACAAAUAUAAUAUGGUGUUUGAGCUGUGAUCAGUAUUGGUAUUUUAUUCAUUGUGAAUUAAACCAUUUUAUUCUUCACUCAAUAGCAAGUAACUUAGUUUUGCUUACCAUGGACAAGGAUGAACCAAUUCGAUUGUAUGAUAUGACCGAUUAUUAUAUUGGUCUCGGACUUGCUUUGUCUUCGAGUGGUUUUAUUGGAGCAAGUUUCAUUAUAAAGAAAAAAGCUCUUGUUCAAAUAUCAUUAGGAAGUGGACGCAGAGCAGCUAAUGGUGGAUAUGGUUACUUAAGUAAUUGGUUAUGGUGGUUUGGAUUAUCUAUGAUGGCUUUUGGAGAAGUAUUUAACUUUGCUGCUUAUGCUUUUGCCCCAGCUUCAGUGGUUACACCACUAGGUGCACUUAGUGUCAUUGUUGCAGCAAUAUUAUCUUCGAAGUAUUUAAAUGAACAGCUUAAUUUAUUGGCAAAGAUAGGUUGCUUUAUGUGUAUAAUUGGUUCAACGGUGAUGGUAAUUCAUUCUCCGAAAGAAGAAGCAGUUGACUCCCUUGAAGAUUUAUUACAGAAACUUACAGAACCUGGUUUCAUCAUAUAUACUAGCAUAAUGUUGAUCAUAAUUUUCUCAAUAUUCUUCUAUUUUGGUCCACGAUAUGGCUCAUCAAAUGUUAUAGUUUAUGUUAUAAUGUGUUCAACUAGUGGUUCAUUAACUGUUAUGUGGUGUAAAGGACUUGGACUUGCUAUAAGAGAAACAAUAGCAGGUACAAGUGAAUUCACAAAUUGGUUAACUUAUAUGUUUAUCGUCUUGCUGAUUACAUUUGUGUGUAUACAAAUGAACUAUUUGAACAAAGCUUUAGACACUUUCAACACAAGUGUAGUUACACCUGUUUAUUAUGUUAUGUUUACAACUCUUGUAAUAACAGCCUCAGCAAUAUUAUUCAAGGAAUGGGAACACCUGCAACUAAAUGAUAUUAUUGGUAUAAUUUGUGGAUUCCUUAUAACUGUGACUGCAAUAUUUAUGUUGAAUACAUUCCGAGAUGUGGAUAUGUCACGCAGUCAUUUUGCAUGGCGGACUCGUCAACCAAUUACAAGGAAAUCUACAGUUGAAGAAAAUGCUCAGACUUCUGCCCUUAUUAAAAAUAAUACACAAUAUGGUACAAGGAAUGUUUGACAUUCAGAUAACAACACUAUUCAAUUUAAGAUCAAAAGGAAAAUAGUGAAAAUAUUAAAAUCCUUCGAACCAGGAUAAAAUUAAUUUUAUCUUAUUUUCUAUAAUAUACAUUUAGUAAUUUUUUUUAGUUUUUAGUUUAACUUUUCUAAAUUAAAUAGUAUGUACAUAGUAAUACAUUUACUUAAAUAGUUGUAUAAAAUCAUCAUGGGAGCGAUUUGAAGGGAGUUGAUAAGUACUCCCAGUUUUUUCAUUGAAUUUGCGCCACUGAAUGUCAUACAUUUUAUUUAUAUUGUGUAUAACUAACAAAUUAGCAUAUUAUUUUUAUCAGUUACUAUCUUCCAAUUGCUUUUUUUUAUUCAUUUUUUUUUUUAUUUUAUACCUAAAGAAAUUCAUUUAUGUAUUUACCUAAUUAAUAAUUGUAAUGCUUAUCUAUAAGCUUACACAUUAAUUGUUUUUACAUAUUUAGUAAAAACUAAAAUACUAUCAGUGUACUAUUAAAUAUAAAAAUUAAUAUUUUUUUAUUUAUUAGGAUAAUUGUAUAAUAUAUUAUAAAUAAUGUAGGUAUAUUAUCACCAAUUGCAAUGUUUAUAUGCAAUCGUUAAUGCACAUUAGAGCUAAUUCUAUUUCAUCAGUUGUAAUAAAUAAUUAAUACGUGUUAGCUUAAUGAAGGUUAAAAAGUCGUUUAUAUGCACCUAAGUACCAAAUUAACUUACUCUUAUGUGUAUAAGCGAUGGCAUAUGAACGGGGUAAAUAUAAGACUGCUUAAAUAUUAAAAAUAAUAAAUAUAUUUACUGUUUAUAUAACGAUAUUUUUCAACAAAUACAUUUUACCAAUCCAUUACAAUGUUAAAAUAUAAAAAUAAAUGUUUAAUUUUGUAUUUUGACAACAAA